AUGAAGAAGAAGAAGAUGAACCCAUUGGUGUUGGUCGCCGCCUUUGCGCUUCCUUUUUCCGAAGCAUUCACCUGGGCAGUGAAUCCGAACUACUACGAAAUCGGGAGCUGCGCUCUUAAAAAAGCGCGAGACCUCGGGGUCGCCAUUACCAAACCUGUCCAAGUUAUCGAGACUCGCGCGUGGCGUAGACCGUGUGGCCAACUGCAACUCGUUGGCAUCGCAGUGUCCCUGAACGACUUCUGCGACAACAAGGAGAACAAGAAGGACCUGCGCAACACGUCGCAGAGCAAAUCGGCGGCCAUCGUGACGGCGACGCAGUUCCGCGACAUGCGUGGCAGCAUCAAGGACGGCUGCUCCAUCGACCUGUCCACCAAGGGCACCGCUGGCCUCAUCGUUUCCCUCGUCGAGAUGAACCUGCGCUCGGGUGUGCUCAACCGUUCCUGCAUCGACUACGUCAACAUCGUGACCAAAUUCCACAUCCCGAGCGACAAGGACGAGCGCUGCGGACGCGUGCGCGCCGACGAGUACCGCUACUUCGCCACGUCGCAAUCGCUGCAGCUCAGGCUUCACUCACGCACGCCGCUGUCGACCUUCUUCGAAGGCUACACCCUCGCCGUCGUCGUCACCAGCUUCACCGAAGCUUCGUCACACGACGGAGGCUGCGCGCCGCACGAGUUCCAAUGCGUGGCCGGCGGGCGCUGCAUCUACAAGCACUACCAGUGCGACAACAUCAACAACUGCGGCGACAACAGCGACGAGGAGCAGCUAGGGAACUCCAUGUGCCUGAUGCCCCUCAGCUCCCUCGUCCUGAUCACCACAGGCACCGUGCAGUUCGCAGUCACGUGGCUCCUCGUCCUCUGCUGUUGCAUUCGGAGCGCCCUCUCGUCGAAAAAGGCGGUGCUGGAGGAUCGCACGGACACGGAGACGCUGCAGAACCCGAGCAGCGCGGCGGCGCCCCCACGUCGCAGCACUGUCAGCCUCGAGGACAACGAGCCGGGCGGGGUGAGCGAGGAGGUGCAGAGCGAGGCCAUGACUCCAGAGGCCGAGGCCCCUCUCUCGGGACUCAGCCCUGUGGCGCAGGCCAAGCGCUCAAUACCACGGCCCUAUCGCGGUCCCCUCUUCUCCUCCAUGAUGAGGAAGACGGAGCCCGAAGAACAAGUGCCCCUGUCACCCACGUCGUGA